UGGAAGAGAGCGAGGGAGACCGCAUGGCCGCAUUUUGGGUCGAGAGACUGUCUGUAUGCGCCCUCGCCAUUACGCAUCCACUACAAACAGCAGCCAUUAUUAUCGAAGGGAGAAAUAACGUUAUCUCUUUCGGCAAAUAACAUCACUCGCUCGUUAAGAGUUUUAACAGAGGAUGGUCAUGGAAACUCCAUCACCGCAAUGUGUUGGCCUUGAGUUUGUGCGCCAGUACUACACGGUGCUCAACAAGGCCCCCAUGCACCUUCACCGUUUCUUUAGUCACAAUUCUUCAUUUAUGCAUGGGGGCCAUAACUCCAUGAGCGAACCAAUAAUAGGACAAGCUGACAUCCACAAAAUGAUAAUGAGCCUUAAUUUCCGUGACUGCCAUGCCAAGAUUAGAAUGGUAGAUGCUCAGGCUACUCUUGGAAAUGGGGUGGUCAUUCAGGUGACAGGUGAAUUGUCUAAUAAUGGUAUGCCGAUGCGAAGGUUCAUGCAAACGUUUGUGCUAGCCCCCCAAACUCCUAAGAAGUACUAUGUGCACAAUGACAUUUUCCGUUACCAGGAUGAGGUAUUUAGUGAGGAAGAAGCUGGUGAUGAAGGUGGAAGUGAAGUGGAAGAGGAACUAGAAGGCCCAUUGCCUUCACCUGGUUUCCCUACUUCUGCUGCCACAGUUAAUGGAUCAGCCCACCCUCCUGAACCUGAGCCAACCCCACCGGCCACACCCCAGACAACAUUGGCUCCUUCAGUUCCGACACCUACACCUGUUGCAGCGGUCCCUCCACCAGGACCAUCAACACCUGCGGCUGCAACAACUCCUGUAGCUCCACCUUUGUCUCCUACCCCUCCAGAACCAGCUCAGGCAGAGCCUGCCCCAGAACCAAUUCCCACACCUGAAAAGGAUGAUGAAGGGUGGGGUUCUCCAGGCCCUGAAGGCUGGGGAAACACAGCCGAGGUUCAAAAUGCCUCUUGGGACGAACCAGUGGUUUCUCAAAAGGAAACUCCUGAUCCUGACCCUCCACUUCAGCCUGAUCCCGUUCAACCAGCUGAACCUAAGACGUUCGCUAACUUGUUUAAGAGUUCCCAAGGAUUUGCUGCGGCAGCUGCAGCUGCUCCUGCUCCUUCUGUCACUCAGCCUCCCCCACCACAGCCAACACCACCGGCACAGUCUGCAGCACAACAGGGGAAUCGUGUAGAGAUGAAUCGUACUCCUGCAACUGCUGCUCCUGCUGGCCAGAAUCAGCCACAGCCUGUGGGGGGAGUAAACCAGCGUCCUCAAAGAAACACACAAGGUCGUGGACCACCAAGAGACAGACCUUAUAGACCCAAUAGUGAAGAUAAUGCAGAAAUUGAGAGUUUGGGUGGAGAGGAGAGGAGGAGAGCUCCACCUGUACCAGAUAGUCAGCAGAUAUUUGUUGGAAAUCUUCCACAUGCAGCAGGCGAAGAAGAACUUAAGGCUGAGUUUUCUAAAUUUGGCAAAAUUGUCGAUAUUCGCAUCAACACUGCAAAAGGCAAAACUGGUCCCAAGGGUCAAGUUCCGAACUUUGGUUUCAUUACAUUUGAGGAGGAAGGCGCUGUUUCUAGGGCCCUCAGCUCAAGGCCUAUUCACCUUAAUGGUGAACAUCGGUUGAAUGUCGAAGAGAAAAAGGCCCGCAUGAGAAUGGAUGGAGGUGGUAUGGGCCGUCCCAAUAGUGGCCGCGGUAGUGGUGGAAGUGGAGGAAUGCGCCAAGGUCCUCCUGGUGGUCUACAAGGUCGUGGUGGAGGUAGACCGGGUGGAUUCAAUCGCGAAAAUAACAGAGGUGGUCCAGGUGGUCCCAGAGGUGGCUUCGUUCCCCGACGUUAAAAUUGACCAAUUGUAGUCGCUCUUCGGCCUGCGUUUCUAUACUUAUAACUCCUAGGUAACCUCGUCCAGUGCAGCAGCCUGUAUCUUACGCAGAUGAUUGCAGCAGCACAAGUGGUCCAAACAUCUGCAGGAGGAGGACUGCUGAAGAAUUUCAGCUUACUGGAGGGUCAUUGUACAAUUUUUGAAGAAUGGUGUGCUUCAGUGAACAUUGCUGUUUUGAUAAAUAACUAAAACAAUGGCCACUUGGAAAAUACUGGUGCUUGAGGUGAUGACUGAAACUACAGUGAUAUGUAAAGAAACUUCACAAUAUCUAAAUGUGGCUUCUUUUGUAAUUUAGUUAUUCCCACUUGAGUAACUGUUUUAGAAUUUGAUUGAUUUCCAUUUUGUGAACACAAAAACACUUUUCCCACGGAAGAUGUGUACUUAGACCUAGUGCCUCCCUUUAUAGAAUUUUUAUGUAGUGUUUCAAAAAGUAAAAAACCUUCCUAUAAUUGGAUGGUUGUGAUGGAAUUCAAUCUCGUUAAAGAUAACACUUAUUUGGUAAUAUUGCAACUUGAUCUUGUGAUUACCAAAAUCAUUCCUUAACAGCUACUAGUCAAGAUUGAAACAAAGUUUUUGUGAUAGUUAAGUUUCAUCUCUGCGAAAUAACAUAGAAAUGAAAAUUGGGAAGGGUAAAAAAUGUGGGUUAACUACUUGUUCAAGUCAGUUUUUUGUCAUUGAGUUUUCUACUGGCAAAGGAUUCCAAUUUUUUUAUACAUUUUUAAUUUAUUUUUGCAACUUCAGUGAAGACUGAUGUACAUUUUGUACCUGGCAACAAGAUUGGUGAGGUUCAGUCCGCUCUUUCCCCCGUAAAUAAUAGUGAUGACACAAUCGUCGAAUUAUUCAUGAAUCAUCAUCCUUGUUCCCCUCGUUAUUUAAAAACACAGAAAAUGGGGAGGUUUCAUGCAUUACGUGCUAAGUUUCAACAUUCAUCCAACUGUACAUAAUGAAACAAUGGACUAAUACAGUUGAGCAUCUGGAUCUACCAAAAUGUUUCUGGCUUUAGAUAUGCAAAAUUUUCAAAUGUCCCAAGGUCACAUUCUCAUCCAUUUUAUAGUAAACUCACAUUUUGAUCACUGAAAUUGCUUAAUUCAUCCUCUUUCAUAUGUAUUAGUGUGCUAGAUAACUGUUGGAAAGGAAAAUAUAUAUGGAGCAUUUAUAUUUCACAUGUGUGAGUUGUAAAACACCCUAAGAGCAUUUCUAUUAAUAAAGUGUGUGUGAAAGAGGAAGUAAAAAUGUAUAGCCUUAUCACCACCAUCACUGUUGCAAACUAUACCCAAUGUCUCAUUCCAAGGGAAUUAGUUUAUUGGUUGCCUUAGCAUGCAGUCAUUUUCAGAUAACGCAGAUGGAAGCGACCCUUUUUUUUUCAUUUUUUUUCUUGUACAAAACAGUAUUAUAGUAAUUUUCACUGGAUUUUUUGCACUAUUUCAUUACUGGUUGUGUUAUACAAGGAACAGUGCCCACAUCGUAGUUGGAUGUGAAGAAAUGUGAUAUUAGUUUAGAUAGUAAAGGCAGGUGCAGUAGUUCUGAAUGUAAUUGCAUGAAUAGGCAACUUCAAACUGUCCUUUUUUUUAUUAUUGUUUUUUUAAAUCAUACAAAGGGCAUUACAGGUCAUUGCCCCCCCUUUAGAGCUCUGCUCAAAAUGGGGAUAUCGCAAAAGGGUGUAGGAAGAGAAACUAGCUCACAAAUCAUGUCGGGAAAUGCUGUAAUUUCAGACAUAUUUCUAUCCGUUCCUGUUCAUGGUUUUUGACAUUGAAAUGGGGUCCGAAAGUUAUUUAUUAAAAAUUAGUUAUAGCCACGUUUUUGUUAUUCUUGGAUUUUUUUCUUGUGUGGGUGGGUUAAGUAACUCUUUCAUGUACUGUUAUUUGUUGUUGCAGCAUUUUCUGGUCAGAAGCAUUGUGACAAACGCAGUAUGAAAGUGAGAGAAAUAAAAGCCUCUUUUCA